AAGCUGUCAAUACAUUCCAAUCAAAUUCCAGCCAAUCUACUAAUUGUCAGGCUAAAAAAUCGCACAAACUUCGAUUGGCAUACAAUUCCCUUGCUUGAUCACGAUGUCAUGACCAAAGGCACGGCCAACGAUUGGCACUGUUUUAUCCUCGCAGUCAGACAAGGUGUUACCAGACAACCCAAAUCAUUUUCGCGGGAGAGAAGAUUCACAGAACCGGGCGUUGUUUUAACCAAACAAUCAAACAUUUUUUGUCUGUCCGACCAUUGCUCCAAACAAAGAUGUUAUGUUGGUGUCAAAUGGAGAUUUCAACUGACAAUGCUGAACAUAUUAGUCGGCAGGGCACAGACAGAUAAGCCUGGUCACGACAUGCAUGUCGGCGGGAAGAGCCUGUUAGCACUUGAACAGUUUGCACUGUCUUGAUGUCGGUUGUCAAAUUCUGUCAAAACAUAAACAGUGAAACAAAUCGUACACCUAGCAUGACCCUGUUAUUUGACGAAUUGAAGAUAUGAAUUUCUCGGAGCUUUUUAAACAUACGGGACUGCUGUGCAGAUUUUCUCCAGACGGGAAGUAUUUGGCCAGUGUGGUUCAGUACAGACUAGUGAUUCGUGAUGUGGAGACACUGCAAGUUCUCAACCUCUUCUCCUGUGUCGACACUAUUCAGUACAUUGAGUGGUCAGUGGACUCACAGUUUGUGCUUUGUGGGAUGUACAAGAGAGCUCUUGUCCAGGUUUGGUCUUUGGAGAAUCCUGAUUGGACGUGUAAGAUAGACGAGGGGUCGGCAGGCCUGAGCGAGGUCAGGUGGGGGCCAGACGGCCGUCAUAUUCUUACUACAGCAGAGUUCCAUUUGAGGAUCACGGUCUGGUCUCUUCUGAACAAGACUGUGUCUUACAUCAAAUACCCCAAACAGUGUCAGAAAGGUGUAGAUUUUAGUACUGGGGGUAAAUAUAUGGCCCUGGCUGAGAGGAGAGAUUGCAAGGAUUAUGUGAGCGUGUUUGCAUGUAGCACCUGGGAACUCGUCAAGCACUUUGAGACCGCCACAGAGGAUCUGGCAGGGUUGGAAUGGUCACCGGAUGGAAGAGUGCUGGCAGUCUGGGAAUCUUUGUUACAGUACAAAAUCUUGAUAUACUCUGUUGACGGGCGUUGCUUGGCAACCUACAGUGCUUACGAUCAUGCUCUGGGAGUAAAGAGUGUGGCCUGGGCACCCACCAGCCAGUUUCUAGCUAUCGGUAGCUACGAUCAGAAGGUGAGAAUACUGAAUCAUAUCACUUGGAAAACUGUCACAGAGGAAGACCACCCAGCAACCAUUGACACUAACAAUGUGAUUGUGUACAAGGAGACAGAAAAUCGGCCUCCAGUGUUGCAGGGAGAAUCCACCCCACCCAGAAGCUCACUCUUCUCUACACACAGCAAAUAUGAGAUUGAGCCAUUGCCUGCCUCAAUCCCCGUGGUCAAGCCUGAUCCCAAGAAGGCUAACCCCAAGAUGGGAGUGGGGUCAUUGUCAUUUAGCUGUAACUGUCAGUACAUGAUUUCUAGAAAUGAUAACAUGCCCCAUACACUGUGGGUGUGGGAUGUACAGAGGCUCAGUCUGGCUGUUGUACUAGUCCAAGCUGCACCCAUUAAAUGUAUUGACUGGGAUCCAUGUCAGCCCCGACUAGCACUGUGUACUGGAACAAACAAACUGUACAUGUGGUCUCCCGCAGGGUGUUUGUCUGUGGAAAUUCCUGCUGAAGCAUCAUUCCAUAUACAGUCUGUGAAAUGGCAUCCUGGUGGGGAAGCUCUGCUGCUGAUAGGAAAGGAUGAGAUGUGUGUAUGCUUCCUGUCCAACAGUUCACAAGAAACGCGCACCGAGGACAGCUGACACCCCUGUGUUCCAAUAAUAGGCCAUUCCAUUCACUUCCAUGAGACACUUUCAUUGGUGAAGAAGGUCUACAGCUUUGAGUGAUCCAAUCAUUUGGAAUGACAGGAGUUCAGAACACCCAUUGAGGACAGCUCAGUGGAUCAUUCCAGUGACUUGCAUGGGGUAUGGGACUUUCAGUUGUGGAAGAAGGUUGCCAGCUUAAUGAGAGAUCUUGUUGUGUGGAAGGACAUGAGUUCAGAACACACACAGAGGAUAGCUAACAUCCCUAUGUGCCAGUAAUAGACCAUUUCAUUGACUUCUACAAAGCACUGUUAUUGCUAUGGCUUUGAGCGAUUCAGAUGUGUAGGACAGGACAGAGCAUUCAGAGAGGACAGCUAACACCCCUGUGGACCAGUAAUAUAUCAUUCGUUUCACUUUAACCUGGCAUUUUCAUAGGAAAAAAUAGUCUACCUCAUUAUGAGUCUGAUUGCAUUGUGCCUUUUCAUGAGUUCAGGAAAUCGCUCACCUUUCACCAGUUGUCCUGUAAAGUUUAGUGACUGAAGUGAAAAGUAACAUUUGUAGUUUGAGUUUGUUUAAUACAGAUCUGAUGUACAGGGCCUCGCAAUUUUUCCCGUAAUGCACAUCACCUAAUAUAAUUGAGACAAGGUCAUUUAUGAAAAAAAAGUUACUAGAAAUUUGAUUUAUGAAAUUUCCUCCCAGGGUGAAAAAUGUAACCUUUCCAACAUUCCAAUAUUCCAAUAUUAAUGGAGGCUCAUAUUAUUUCUUGAAAGCAUGUUGUCCGGAUUCGUGAAAAGAAAAUGUCACAGGCGUUCAAAAAAAGCAUGUUGUCCGGAUUCAUGAAAAGAAAAUGUCACAGGUGUUCAGAAAGUUACCAAAACUAAACAUGACUCCCAGAUAUUCCCUCUGAGUAAUCUUCUGAUUGAUAUCUGAUCUGCUUUAAUAAUAUGAUUAUUUUAAGUCUUAAGAAAUUUUCACAAAUAUCAAAUGCAAUUAUUAUACCAUUUGGUAUUAUGUUAUCAGUGCUUAUGAAUUUCAUGGCAUUUCCGUCCAUUGAUAUCAAUUUCAGUUUGUCUGUAACAAGAGUGUUGUAUGUGAACAAUAUUGAACCAACAUGUAGGUUUUAUCCAUGUGGGUCAGAUCUAGUGCUUCAAAACUGUCCCCUUGUUUGUGUAUGUAAGUUCUUUCUUCCACUGUAUUAUUAAUGAAUUAAAGAAUUCCUGGGAACUAUAAAGUUCAGGUUGCUAUCACAUGGUCGAGUGACAUUCAUUCAUUGGUGAACCGGCUUUUCCCAAUGAAUGUCCAUGAAGGGGCUCAUUGACUAACACAAGGAUCAACUUAGUCUUUACAACUGCUGAUUUCCCAUCUGUAUACUAAUAAAUUCAUUUCAACCU